AUAAAUCGUUAGGCAAUUCUAACGAUUCUGUUUGAUAUAUCAAGACUGAAAGUCAAACAGAAAAAACUCACCCUGACCUGAAAAAAUGGCCAAUGCCCAACAAGCACGACGAGUUGUCAUCACGGACAAAAAUGCUCGUGCAUUCGUGGAGAAGAUUCUCGUCGCUAAUGGCGUUCCUUCAGAGAAUGCAUUAAUCGUUGCAGACUGCCUCGUCCAAGCGGAUCUACGGGGUGUCGACUCUCAUGGCAUUAAUCGAAUCCCUUCAUAUAUGGCCCGCAUCCGGAACGGAGUACUAUCAGCCUCAGCAAGCCCGUUGGUGAAACAGGUCACCCCAGCAGUCGUCCAAAUCGACGGCCAAAACUCCUUUGGCUUUCUAGGUGCCAAGAUAGGAAUGGAGAAGUGUAUCGAGAUGGCCUCAACAUUCGGGAUCGGAAUGGCAUCUGUCAAAGGUUCCAACCACUUCGGCAUGAGCGCCUGGAUAGUGCAACAGGCUGUUGACGCAGGCAUGAUGAGUCUCGUGUUCACCAAUUCUUCGCCUGCCCUUCCUGUUUGGGGCGGGAAAGAGAAGCUGAUAGGUGUAUCUCCAAUCGCUUGUGGUGCCCCAGCAGGAGAUAUGCCCUUCAUUCUGGACAUGGCACCCUCAGUCGCAGCUCGAGGGAAGAUAUAUAAAGCGAAAAGAAGAGGAGAGAAGAUACCCCUGGACUGGGCGCUAGACGCCCAAGGACGACCUACAGAUGACCCAGCGGCGGCCCUUGAAGGUGUCAUGCUCCCCAUGGGCGGUCCAAAAGGCUCUGCGCUCGCAAUAAUGAUGGACGUCUUCUCGGGAGUGUUCUCUGGUGCGGCUUUUGCAGGACAUGUCACCAAUCCAUACGAUCCUUCCAAGCCUGCAGAUGUGGGUCACUUCCUCGUUGCAAUCAAACCCGAUCUAUUCAUGUCCAUGAAGGAGUUUGAAGACAGGAUGCAAUACUUGUACAAAAGAGUGACAGAGUCUGAAAAGGCGCAAGGGGUCGAGCAAAUCUUUUUCCCGGGUGAGAUCGAGCAGCGUGUACGGAGAGAACGACUACAAUCAGGGAUACCAUACGCUGAAGCUGAGAUUGAAGCAUUGAACGAUGAAGCUUUGAAGGUGGGAGUAAGUCCUUUGCCGACUUGAAGAUCCUACAUCUUGUGGUAUACAAAUUCAUAAUAGUUGCCUAUGUGAUG